CAGAGAGCUGCUGGGGAAAAGAAACAACUCGUAAUCCAAUGUGACCCAAUGAGAAUCACGCAAGUGGACAUCUAUCAGUGACGUAGAUUUUUCCACGUUGGAAGUGGUUGGUAGGUGGUUGGGUUUGUGCACGGUGGAUUUUACGCAGUGUAUGGUGAUAAAAAUAUGUGGUUUUUGAACGUAGAAACGCAUUGAAUUUAUUUUUCAGAAGUGACAAUGCGUGAAUUCUGACAUUAUUCAUCUACAUUAUCUGUUUUUUCUUUGGGAUGAUGUAAAUAAGGGUAUUUAAUAUAGCUGCACCGAAGAAACGGAGAUGCACUGACGAAACGUGAACCUUAGCAGAUUGUUGCGCAUUGUAGGCGACAUGUCGCGAGAACCUUUUCGGUAACAAGGCUAUUUGUGGAACACAAAAGCGAAACAUUAGUGGUCAUUAUAAGUGGAAGGUUUUCGAAGGGAUAUUGUAUUUUUAUGAAAUAAUUGUAGUACACAAGCUUUACCAUGGCCUUACCCAGCGAUGUUAGUUUAAUGGAUUUUAUUUUGGAAAGAGAAGAUCCUCUUCUAGCAUUAACCGAAAAGGAUUUGAAUGGAAAAACAGAAUUUAAUGACAGUAAUGAAAUCAAUACAGAAAAUUGGGCUACCAAUGCAGAUGAUUUGUUGGAUUCAAUGCUUAAAUUUGAGGACCCAUCUUUCGAGAUGCUCAAUGAUGACCUCCUUCCUGACUUUUCAAUGGCAAACAGUAGUUCUUCAGAUAGUGGAUUGUCAAGUGAUCAACAGAUGUCCCCUCGGCAAAUUGAACCAGAUGAUGAAGAUAUACAUAUUCUCAAUAGUGAAGAUAUGAGCCAAAUUCAAAGUGAAAUAGAAGUUGAAUCAUCAGUAUUAAGUAGUUUAGACUCUGAAAGCAUUCAGGUUGAAAAUGAUCAAGCAGUUAUAAAUGUGUUGUCAGUACCAGAGCAGUCUGAUGUAACUUCAGUUCUUUCCAAUACCCAUAAUAAACUUUCUACAUCCAAUGCAACAGUACUUAGAGUAACACCUAUAUCUGGGAACCCACGAUCAUUAUUGUUACCUGUAAAUUUAAAAAAUGUACGUGACAUAAAAACAAUUAAGGUAAUUAAUUUGUCAAGAGCAAGCAAGUUGGAGGGUGAAUUAACUACUCUUCCAACUAAAGUGACACCCAUGAAGACUGACACUUCCGAAGAUGAAUUAAAUUGUGAAGGUGUGAAAUCUCAAUACCCACGGCUACAGCUCACAAAUGAAGAAAAAAGGCUGUUACAAAAGGAGGGUGUGAGACUACCCACACACUAUCCUCUCACGAAACAUGAAGAACGAGAACUCAAAAGAAUUCGUCGAAAAAUACGCAAUAAAAUAUCAGCUCAAGAUUCUCGUAAAAGGAAAAAAGAAUAUAUUGAUGGACUGGAAGAUAGAGUGAAGCAGUGUACUGAGGAGAAUGUGCAGUUGGUGAAGCGAAUAAAAGCUUUACAGACACAAAACCAAUCACUGACUGCCCAGCUCCAUAGACUUCAAGCAUUGGUUGCUCGUAGUACUGCAAAAUCUGUGCAGCCAGCUACAUGCCUUAUGGUGCUGCUACUGUCAUUGGCUCUUGUAAUGGCGCCCAAUCUAAGACCUGGGGCAAAACCUGAUAUAUCAGAUCUUGCAGAAAUAAGUCCAUCAAGAUCUCUGCUUUUUUGUAAGACUUCAAUUGGAGAGGAAGGAUGCCAUUUGGGAAAAGAAGAGCUGGAGAAUGUGAUACAUACACGUUUGGAAGACCACGACUACGGUCCUCCAGCAUCAAAGUAUGCUCGAAUUAUACCGGAACGCACAGUGCCGUCGACUCCAGAUGUUCAUCCAGAAAGUGCUGGACCAGGUCCAGGCAUUGCUGAUAAUAUUAUAAUGAAUGAACCUUUUUCUCAUGAGCUACGUGUCAAUAUUUCAGAUAAAGGAGGUCCCCGUACAGUUACACUACAAGUGCCUGCAGAAAAAUGACUCUGUUAAGCAUAACAUACUAGAUUAGGUUUGAAAGUUUCCAAUUAAGACAGUGUUUUCUGAAUUCUACAAUUUGUUCAUGGUAUGUAUUGCUUACCAUUUACAAAGCAAUUUUUGGCAUUUGAAUGUAAAGUAAUAUAUUUCCUUAGGAAGGAUAAUUUGUGCAAAAGAGAAUUAAUAAUUAGGAUUAGAAGAAAAUGAGGUAGCACUGUGGAUGGUUAUUGCAGCAGUAAUAGUUAUGAGAUCAAUAUUCUCAGACUCUUGGAAACUAAUUAUUGCUUGUAAAUAGUUGCAAUUAUGUCAAAGAAAAUUGACUUUAAUUUUUGGUGCCUGUUUGAUAAUCAAAACAAAAAAAAUGCUCUUUUAAAAUGAAUUUUGAUUCUGUAGAGAAAUGUUUUAUUACCUAUGGAGAAGUGAGACAUUAGUGAUUGAUUCCUUGUUCAAAACAUACACAAGAAUGUUUUCUCUUUUCUUUUUAUUUGUAUGAACGUGUGUGUAUGUGCGUGCGCGUGCAUGCACGUGUGCAUGUGUGUGCACACAUUCAAGUGUAUGCUUGUAAACUGUGAAGUUAUAUCAGAAAAGAUAAAGACACAGAAAUGUCAAAAGCAGAUAUAUUUAAUUUGUAAAUAGUUCUUGUAGACAAUGAUGCUGACUCAAUUACUUCCGAUUUGAAGCAUUGCUUUAUGAAACCAGUAAUGAACAGGCUUUUGUAAUGCAUGUGUAAUACAAUAUGUAUAAGGCUUCUCAAAAGUAUUCGAUAUUUGUAGAGCUGUGUAUCUUUCACUACUUGGUUAUACUUGAACAUCUCAUUUUUUAGUUCAAGAACCAUGGAGUGAAUUCUUCAUCUAACAACAACCUAAUUUAUCAGAAAAAUUGUAAUGGUAACAAAAGUCCCUUUUUGUAUUAAAACUGUCUCAUUUAUGAAUCAAAUAUGUGUUGAUGAGAAAAGAUCUCCCACUUUUUCAUAGUAGAAAUGGUUACAUAUUUUAUUGUGCACAAAUGUUUUAAAGGUAUUUACUGUGUGCGGUCAAAUACAAAUAUAUUUCCUUUUCUUCAUACUGGUGUAUUUAAUAUUGUAAGCUAUUUCUCAUCAUUAAUUUUGAAUGGAAUUUUUUAACAAUAUUUCCUGACCAAAUUCAUAGAAUUUCUCUGAAUUGCAUACGGUCAAUUUCAUCAUACUUUUGUCCAAUUCUUGCUUAGAAAGCAAAUAAAUGUUUCAUUUCUUAGAAAUGCAUGCGUAUGAAAAGUUAUAUAGGAAUUGUAUUUCAUUCAAAGAACAUUUUUGAGCUUUAAUCUGUAUUGGAUACUGGUCCAAAUAAAAGUAUGUAAAUUUUAAAUAGGAU